AUGCCGCGGGAAGGACGUUCUGUGCGCUCCACUGAUAAAGUGCGCACUGAAGAUGUCGGGACCAGUCUCUACUUUGUGAAUGACUCUCUUCAGCAGGUGACCUUCUCCAGCACCGUCGGGGUGGUGAUCCCCUGCCCGGCAGCAGGGUCCCCCAGCGCCGCCCUUCGCUGGUACCUCGCCACCGGGGACGACAUCUACGAUGUGCCGCACAUCCGGCACGUCCACGCCAACGGGACGCUGCAGCUGUACCCCUUCUCGCCGUCAGCCUUCAACAGCUUUAUCCACGACAACGACUACUUCUGCACCGCCGAGAACGCGGCGGGCAAAAUCAGGAGCCCCAACAUCCGGGUUAAAGCAGUGUUCAGGGAACCGUACACCGUCCGGGUGGAGGACCAAAGGUCAAUGCGUGGAAAUGUGGCUGUUUUCAAGUGCCUCAUCCCUUCUUCAGUGCAGGAAUACGUCAGCGUUGUGUCCUGGGAGAAAGACACCGUUUCUAUCAUCCCAGAACAUCGGUUUUUUAUUACUUUCUAUGGGGGGUUGUACAUAUCGGACGUGCAGAAGGAAGAUGCCUUGUCCACCUACCGGUGUAUCACCAAGCACAAGUACAGCGGAGAGACGCGCCAGAGCAAUGGAGCCAGGCUGUCCGUGUCAGACCCGGCCGAGUCCAUCCCCAGCAUCCUAGACGGCUUUCAGUCCCGGGAGGUGACGGCUGGCCAGCUGGUGGAGCUGCCCUGCAUCGCCUCCGGGUACCCCAACCCAGCCAUCCGGUGGAUCAAGGACGGGCGCCCGCUCCCUGCCGACAGCAGGUGGACCAAGCGCAUCACAGGGCUGACCAUCAGCGACCUGCGCGUGGAGGACAGCGGGAUGUACAUCUGUGAGGUCACCAACACCUUCGGCUCGGCAGAGGUCACCGGGACCCUCACAGUCAUAGGUGAGCGCCCAGCAGCGGAGCAUGCCCAGUUACGGUCCCCCAUCCGCUGGUACCGCAACACGGACCUGGUGGUGCUGGACGACUACAUCUCCCUGCGGGGGCUGAGCAACGAGACCCUCCUCAUCGCGGCCGCGCAGAAGAGCCACUCGGGGGCCUACCAGUGCUUCGCCACCCGCAAAGCACAGACGGCGCAGGACUUCUCCAUCAUUGCGCUGGAGGACGGGACCCCCCGGAUCGUCUCCUCCUUCAGCGAGAAGGUGGUGAACCCGGGCGAGCAGUUCUCCCUGAUGUGUGCCGCCAAAGGCGCUCCUCCCCCCACCAUCACCUGGGCCUUGGACGACGAGCCCGUCGCCAGGGACACCGGGCACCGCACCAGUGAGCCACAUGAACGUGACCGGCCCGCAGAUCAAGGACGGAGGGGUUGGUACAAGGACGCCCUGCUGCUGCCGGACAACCACCGCCAGGUGGUCUUUGAGAACGGCACCCUGAAGCUGAUGGACGUGCAGAAGGGCAUGGACGAAGGGGAGUAUCUCUGCAGCGUCCUCAUCCAGCCGCAGCUCUCCAUCAGCCAGAGCGUGCAUGUGACUGUGAAAGUGCCUCCCCUGAUCCAGCCCUUCGAGUUCCCGCCAGCCUCCAUCGGGCAGCUCCUGUACAUCCCCUGCGUGGUCUCCUCGGGGGACAUGCCCAUCCGCAUCACCUGGCGGAAGGACGGGCAGGUGAUCAUCUCUGGCCCGGGCGUCACAAUCGAGAGCAAGGAGUUCAUGAGCUCCCUGCAGAUCUCCAGCGUCUCCCUCAAGCACAACGGCAACUACACCUGCAUCGCCAGCAACGACGCCGCCACCGUCAGUGUGGGAGUGCCGCCUCGCUUUGUGGUCCAGCCCAACAACCAGGAUGGCAUCUAUGGCAAAGCCGGGGUGCUGAACUGCUCGGUGGACGGGUACCCCCCGCCGAAGGUCAUGUGGAAGCACGCCAAAGGAAGCGGGAACCCCCAGCAGUACCAUCCCGUGCCCCUCACGGGCCGCAUUCAAAUCCUUCCCAACAGCUCGCUGCUCAUUCGCCACGUGCUGGAGGAGGACAUUGGCUAUUACCUGUGCCAGGCCAGCAACGGCGUCGGGACGGACAUCAGCAAGUCCAUGUUCCUCACCGUCAAGAUCCCAGCCAUGAUCACCUCCCAUCCCAACACCACCAUCGCCAUCAAGGGCCAGAUGAAGGAGCUGAACUGCACGGCCCGAGGGGAGCGGCCAAUCAUCAUUCGCUGGGAGAAAGGCGACACGGUCAUCGACCCCGACCGCAACAUGAGAUACGCCAUCACCACCAAGGAUAAUGGGGACGAGGUCAUCUCAACGCUCAAGCUCAAACCGGCCGACCGGGGGGACUCUGUCUUUUUCUCCUGCCAUGCGAUCAACUCCUACGGCGAAGACAGAGGCUUGAUCCAGCUCACUGUCCAAGAGCCCCCUGAUCCUCCAGAGCUGGAGAUUCGUGAGGUGAAAGCCCGAAGCAUGAACUUGCGCUGGACUCAGAGAUUUGACGGGAACAGCAUCAUUACUGGGUUUGAUAUCGAGUACAAGAAUAAGUCUGAUUCCUGGGAUUUCAAGCAAUCUACCCGCAACAUCUCUCCCACCAUUAACCAGGCGAACAUAGUGGACCUGCACCCGGCCUCUGUCUACAGCAUCCGCAUGUACUCCUUCAACAAGAUCGGGCGCAGCGAGCCAAGCAAGGAGCUCACCAUCAGCACAGAGGAAGCAGCUCCGGACGGGCCCCCGAUGGAUGUCACCUUGCAGCCAAUGACCUCGCAGAGCAUCCAGGUCACAUGGAAGGCCCCAAAGAAGGAACUCCAGAACGGGGUGAUCCGCGGCUACCAGAUCGGCUACCGGGAAAACAGCCCCGGCAGCAACGGGCAGUACAGCAUUGUGGAGAUGAAGGCCACGGGGGACAGUGAGGUCUACACCUUGGACAACCUGAAGAAGUUUGCACAGUAUGGAGUGGUGGUGCAGGCAUUCAACCGGGCGGGCACAGGGCCCUCCUCCAGCGAGAUCAAUGCCACCACGCUUGAGGACGUUCCCAGCCAGCCCCCUGAGAACGUGAGGGCGUUAUCCAUCACGUCUGACGUAGCUGUGAUCUCCUGGUCGGAGCCCCCACGCAGCACCCUGAACGGCGUGCUCAAAGGAUACAGGGUCAUCUUCUGGUCUCUCUAUAUGGACGGAGAGUGGGGGGAGAUGCACAACAUCACCACCAUGCGGGAGCGAGUGGAGCUGCGGGGGAUGGAGAAGUUCACCAACUACAGCGUGCAGGUCCUGGCGUACACGCAGGCCGGCGACGGGGUCCGCAGCAGCGUGCUCUACAUCCAGACCAAGGAGGACAUUCCAGGCCCCCCCGCUGGGAUCAAAGCUGUCCCCUCUUCUGCCAGCAGCGUGGUCGUGUCCUGGCUUCCUCCGGCGAAGCCGAACGGGAUCAUCCGGAAGUACACCAUCUUCUGCUCCAGCCCCGGGUCCCCCCAGCCGGCCCCCAGCGAGUACGAGACCAGCCCGGAGCAGCUCUUCUACCGCAUUGCCCACCUCAACCGCGGGCAGCAGUACAUGCUGUGGGUGGCGGCUGUCACCUCGGCGGGGCGCGGCAACGUCAGCGAAACGGUCACCAUUGAGCCUGCUGGGAAAGCUCAGAGUGAGCAGCUCUUCUACCGCAUUGCCCACCUCAACCGCGGGCAGCAGUACAUGCUGUGGGUGGCGGCUGUCACCUCGGCGGGGCGCGGCAACGUCAGCGAAACGGUCACCAUUGAGCCUGCUGGGAAAGCCCCGGCCAAGAUCAUCUCCUUCGGCGGCACCGUCACCACCCCUUGGAUGAAGGAUGUGAGGCUGCCGUGCAAUUCGGUGGGGGAGCCGGCCCCGGCCAUCAGAUGGACGAAGGACAGCGAGGAUUCUGCCAUUCCCGUGGCCGUGGAUGGACACCGGAUGAUCCAGGCCAACGGCACACUGGUCCUGCGCUCGGUGAAAGCAGAGGAUUCUGGGUAUUACACCUGCACCGCCACCAACACCUGGGGCUUUGAUACCAUCAUCAUCAACCUGCUGGUGCAAGUCCCGCCCGACCAGCCGCGCUUGACGGUCUCUAAAACCUCCGCUUCGUCCAUCACGCUGGCCUGGAUUCCUGGGGACAACGGCUUUGUGCUGCAGUACUCGGUGGACAACAGCGAGGAGUGGAAGGACGUCUUCAUCAGCUCCGCCGAGCGCUCCUUCAAGCUGGACAGCCUCAAGUGCGGCACCUGGUACAAGGUGAAGCUGGCCGCCAAGAACAGCGUGGGGGCCGGGCGCAUCAGCGAGAUCAUCGAGGCCAAGACCCACGGCAGAGAGCCCUCCUUCAGCAAGGACCAGCACCUCUUCACCCACAUUAACUCCACGCACGCCAGGCUGAACCUGCAGGGCUGGAACAGCGGGGGCUGCCCCAUCACGGCCAUCGUGCUGGAGUACCGGCCCAAGGGCAACUGGGCCUGGCAGAGCCUCCGGACCAACAGCUCCAGCGAGCUCUUCCUGACGGAGCUGCGCGAGGCCACCUGGUACGAGCUGCGGAUGAAGGCCUGCAACAGCGCCGGCUGCGGCAACGAGACCGCCCAGUUUGCCACGCUGGACUACGACGGCACUAGCCUCCGGACCAACAGCUCCAGCGAGCUCUUCCUGACGGAGCUGCGCGAGGCCACCUGGUACGAGCUGCGGAUGAAGGCCUGCAACAGCGCCGGCUGCGGCAACGAGACCGCCCAGUUUGCCACGCUGGACUACGACGGCAGCACCAUCCCCCCAAUCAAAUCUGCCCAGGGGGAGGGGGACGACGUGAAGAAGCUGUUCACUAUCGCCUGCCCCGUGAUCCUGGCCACGCUUGGGGUGGCGCUGCUCUUCAUCAUCCGCAAGAAGAGGAAGGAGAAGCGACUGAAGAGGCUGAGAGAUGCAAAGAGCUUGGCAGAAAUGCUGAUCAGCAAGAAUAACCGGAGCUUUGACACCCCUGUGAAAGGGCCCCCCCAAGGCCCCCGGCUGCACAUCGACAUUCCCCGCGUGCAGCUGCUCAUCGAGGACAAGGAGGGCAUCAAACAGCUGGGGGACGACAAGGCGACGAUACCCGUGACAGACACGGAGUUCAGCCAAGCUGUGAACCCCCAGAGCUUCUGCACGGGAGUGUCCUUGCACCACCCGGCUCUGAUCCAGAACACGGGCCCCUUGAUCGACAUGUCCGACAUUCGACCUGGAACCAGUACCUGUGGAGGGGAAGCCCUGCGCAUCUCUCAGUUCUCAGAGAUCAACCCGGACUUUGUUGUGCAACUUGUGUGUGUCUGGACGCUCACCAAGUGCCAGGCGUCCACUCCGGCCCGCACACUCACCUCUGACUGGAGGACGGUGGGGUCCCAGCACGGGAUUACAGUCACCGAGAGUGACAGCUACAGCGCCAGCUUAUCGCAGGACACGGACAAAGGGCGGAACAGCAUGGUCUCCACGGAGAGCGCCUCGUCCACGUACGAGGAGCUGGCCCGGGCCUACGAGCACGCCAAGCUGGAGGAGCAGUUGCUGCACGCCAAGUUUGAGAUCACAGAGAGCUUCAUCUCAGACAGCUCUCUAGCAUUCACUGGGCCUGUAUCAGAGGGGCAGGCCUUCAGAGUGGAUAUCCAGGGCGUGCAGGGCUCUGUGGAUCAGGACCAUAGCGCAGCUGUAGCCAAGAAAGGGGACCUCUCCGCUCUGCAGCUGCGACGAGCCAAGGUGAUUACUGCAACCUUCCCUUGUACAUGA